CACGGAAAUGAGCUUAUGUAGCCAAAAAUACAGUUGCACUGUGGUGGCGCCAACUACCACACAUGGCGGUAUGCGGCACCAAGCCUUGGAUAACUUACCAAAGCUAAGUCUCUACGAAAUCGCCAUUACGAUAAAAUACAAGUUGAAUUCUGCAGGAUUUAGAAAGCAUAUAAUGGACUGUUUUUAUGUGAGGCAUAUAAGCGAUAAUCUACUUCGGAGACAUUCCACUCGCAAUAUGCACGGCUGAUAUGGCAUUCACGGUCAGGAUGCGUCACUAACAACUCUACAUCUGCAACACUACAGCAUGACAUUCAACAGAAUCGCUAUAUACGGCCACAGAGGCUGGGCCAGUUCUGCCAUUACAAAAUCUUUGAUUGCUAGUGGUGCACCUAUCAAAAUUCUCCACAGGCCUGAAUCCGACGUCUCCGGCGUUCCAUCAACCGUGACAACCGUGAGCGUCGACGUGAAUGAUAAAGAUGCACUCAUCCAUGCUCUUCACGAUGUCGAUAUUUUAAUAUCACUUGUUGGCCACGAUGGCAUUAGCAGGCAACUUGCCCUUGUCGCCGCUCUGCCGCAUACCGACGUCAAGCUAUUCGUACCAUCCAACAUGUCACAUCAAAUUGACGAAGACGGCAUGCGGCUCGCAGUCAACAAGGCAAAAGUCGAGGUCGAAAAAGCAGCCCGAGAUGCCAAGAUUGCAGUGACUACUGUGCUUCCUGGCUAUCUGGUGGAAUCGUCCCUGGCCAUACCAAUGAUGGGUGUGGACGCCAACAAUAACCAUAUUUUAUUUACAGGCAAUAGCCAGCAACAGCCACUCAAUCUAUGCACCCUGCGAUAUGUCGCCGCGGCAUAUAGUGCCAUUUUUGCAACGACCCCUACUGAUACCCUUCAGAACAGAGUAAUUGGAUUAGCUGAAUUAAUUGUGACUGGCGACGAGAUUAGAGCAGCCCUGGAGCAAAAGCAUGGCGCCAAGCCGCAAGAGUUCGUCAUGAGCAUAGACACCGUCGACCGCAAACUAGAUGAAACGCUUGCUGCCGGUAGCCCACUUGCGGCCAUGUGGUAUUAUCGCAAGAUAUGGGCAACUGGAGCAUUGAAAGGCCUAGUGGGAGAUGACAUCUGGGAAAUAGACGGAUACCCCAAGACAACACUAGACGAGCUCUUGGUGCAGGGCAAGAUGCAACCAUACCGCGAAUUGCCUGAACGCGUGAUCCAAAUCAUGGCUCAAUUUGAUUAAUGUUAUUAUAUAGUACAGCAAAUACAUAGCUAGCUCACCCCUCUCAAAGGACACAUUUUAUUAACUCCACUAUAUAUCUCUUAACAUCAAAACACGACACGACACAACGCAACAACGCUAGACCGGAUAACCACCAUCGCAUACCUCAAUUCCAGGACAUGUUCAAUCUAAAAUCUCAUAUUCAAUUCUCUCGCAUCUCCCAGUAUUCACACCUACAAUGAC